AUGGCACUGGUCGUCCUCUUUGCUGGUGCUGCCCUUGCUGGUCAUGUGGCUCCCUAUCUGGCUAUGCCUCCGCUCCUUGGCAUGCUUGUGGCUGGACUGGUUCUAAGGAAUGUGCCAGGUGGUCUGCUCGAUGGCUUUGAUGAUGAAUGGGCGAGCGUGCUCAAGUCGUCCGCCCUGGCCGUCAUCCUCAUCCGUGGCGGUCUGGGCCUCUCUCUUCCGGCCUUAAAGGCUAUGGGCAUGCCCACUCUGCGUCUCUCUACCAUCCCAGUCUUGGUCGAGGCCGCUGCAGUUGGUGUUCUUGCUAUGCUCUUCCUCGAUCUCCCCGUGGCAUGGGCCCUGCUGCUCGGCUUUGUCCUCUCGGCUGUCUCGCCAGCUGUUGUUGUCCCCUCGCUACUCAAGCUCCAGCGCGCUGGCUACGGCGUCGAUGCUGGAAUCCCCACCAUGAUCCUUGCCGCUGCUGGCCUUGAUGACGUCAUGGCCAUCUCGGGCUUUGGUGCCUUUCUGGGCAUCGCCUUUGCCUCGGGCUCGCUCCUCCUCAACAUCCUCCGCGGCCCGUUUGAACUUGUUGGUGGCCUCGUUCUCGGCACAAUCCUCGGCGUUCUUGCCAUUCCGCUCGCCUCGGCUCCGCUUGGCUGGCGCACGAUCGGAGUUGCGCUCGGCGGACUCGGCGCCACUCUUGGCGGGCGCCACUUUGAGGUCACUGGCACUGGCGCGCUCGGCACCAUGGUCUUUGGCUUUGUCGUCCGUCAAGCCUGGGGCGCCGAAGCCACUGCGCCUGUCGCCAACAUCUUCCGCCUCGCCUGGACUUUUGCCGCCGAGAUCGUUCUCUUCUCGCUCAUUGGCGCUGCCGUCGAGCUCGACGCCGUCAAGGGCGAGGUGGUGGGCAAGGGUCUGAUCAUGAUCUGUAUCUCGAUUGUCAUCCGCUUCGCCAUCACGGUCUCGUGUGUGCUCGGCACCACGCUCUCGUGGCGCGAGCGCAUCUUUGUGGCCUUUGCCUGGCUUCCCAAGGCCACCGUCCAGGCUGCGCUCGGCUCAAUCGCCCUCGACACUGCCCGCUCCCGCAACGAGUCGCAAGACAUUAUCGAGCAGUCUGUCCCGGCCACGCCACGCGACGACCGCGAGGCGCCGCGCCCGCGCCCGCUUCCGCUCCCGCUGGCUCCCAAUCUUGCGCCGCCGCGCUCGGGCCAGCGCAAUGCGUCGACGCCCUCCACGUCAUCGAAGCGUCGCCCGGAGCCGCUGCCACCACAGCCGAUGCUCGAGGGCACGCCGUGGUAUCCGCGCUCGGCGCCGGGCCUCGACUCUGCCGCCCCGCGCAGCUCGCCGGCUCGGCUGCCCGCGCUGGGCAAGGAUGAGUCCGAUGACGGCGAGUACACCUACACCUACUCGUCCGAGCUGUAG